UUUUGUUGUAUAAUUUUAAAAUUUAAUAUAUAUAAAAACACAUUUAAACGAAAAUAAUAUUAAUACGAGAACUGGCAUUGGGAUUACGUGAGGCGCUUACAUAAUCGAGCCGAGAAAUGGAUUACGCAAUACUCGUGAGCAAUGCAAUGUGAAAAUGCAACAUCAACACCUUUUCAACAACAACAACGACGAAUAACAGCAGCAGCAGCAACAAAUUUGGAACCCCGUCGGAGCGAACGAGCCAACCAAAAUUGAGUUAUAAAAUUAGCCCCGCUGCGAUUCGACACGCCCAGAGAGUAGCUAAAAGCCAAGCCGCCGUGAAGUAGGCAACAAAAUAUUUAUGCGCACAAACGAUAACAACAAGAACAACAACAACAACAACAAUAACUAAAGCCAGUGAACAAAAACAAAAAGUCGCAUCAUGAAGGGCUUGACGGCGUUUAAGGAGAAGGCGACGGGCGUUUUCAGCGGCCUGAAGCCGAAUAUGGAGAAGUUCGAGAUAUCGCAGAGCUAUCAUGGAGGUCACGGUGGCUACGAGGAGAUGGAGGGCGGCGAACGCGAGGGGCGUGGACCUGGCGGCGGUCACGCCUACGACGACGACGACGAUCGACCCGACUCGCCCGCCUCCUUCGAGGAGAUCGAGCGCCCACCUCUGCGCAAGAUCGACAAGUACUGCAAGGCGGAAUGCCCCUGCAUGCCGGCACGGUACACAAUCGCUACGAUGGCCUGCGUGGGCUUCAUGAUUGCCUUCGGCAUGCGCUGCAACAUGUCAGCGGCGAAGCUCAAAGGAGAGCAUAACGGGACCGUCUUUAUGAACUGGACGGUGGCAGUGGAAAGCCACGUGGACUCAUCCUUCUUCUGGGGCUAUCUAAUAACACAAAUACCCGGCGGCUUCAUUGCAUCCAAGUUUCCAGCGAACAAGAUUUUCGGUCUCUCGAUUGUCAGCUCCGCCUCGCUGCAUUUGAUUGUGCCGUUUGCCAUGACACUGAUGCACGGCCAUGUGGUGAUAGGCGUGCGUGUGCUGCAAGGACUCUUCGAGGGCGUAACAUAUCCGGCUUGUCAUGGCAUUUGGCGUUUCUGGGCGCCGCCUAUGGAGCGCUCUCGCCUAGCCACAUUGGCCUUCUCCGGCUCCUACGCGGGCGUCGUUGUGGGUCUGCCCCUGUCCGGGCUGCUGGCGGAUGCGGUGGGCUAUCAGGCACCCUUCUAUGCGUACGGCACCUUCGGCAUCAUCUGGUAUUUGUUCUGGAUCUGGCUGUGCUUCGAGAACCCGCGCAAACAUCCUGCGAUUAGCAUACCGGAGCUGAAGUACAUUGAGAAGUCGCUGGGCGAGUCGGCGCAUCCGACGAUGCCGUCCUUCAAGACGACUCCGUGGCGCGAGAUGAUGCGCUCGAUGCCCGUCUAUGCCAUCAUUGUGGCCAACUUCUGUCGCUCCUGGAACUUCUAUCUGCUGGUGCUCUUCCAGUCCUCCUUCCUCAAGCACAAGUUCGGCUUCAAGGUCGAGGAGGCGGGCUUUGUCGGCUCACUGCCCCACUUGAUCAUGACCACGAUUGUGCCCUUCGGCGGCAUGCUCGCGGAUCAUCUGCGCAAGAACGGCAUCCUCUCCACCACGAACGUGCGUAAGCUCUUCAACUGCGGCGGCUUCGGCAUGGAGGGUCUCUUCUUCCUCUUCGUGGCGCACUCCCAGACGGCAACUGGCGCCAUGUUUGCUUUGACCUGUGGCGUGGCGUUCAGCGGCUUUGCCAUCUCCGGCUAUAAUGUGAACCAUUUGGACAUAGCGCCUCGGUAUGCGAGUAUAUUGAUGGGCUUGUCGAAUGGCAUUGGCACCUUGGCUGGCAUAAUCGUGCCCUAUGCGCUGGAUGGCCUCAUUCAGAGGAAUCCGACUGGCUGCUGGACCACUGUGUUUACCCUGGCCGCCUGUGUUCACUUGAUUGGCUGCACUUUCUAUGGCAUUUUUGCCUCCGGCGAGCUGCAGCCUUGGGCCGAGCCGCCGCCUGAGGAGCAAAAGGUGUGGGCACCGCCGGCGGGCGCCAUUACCCACGGCGACGAUCCCAGCCAGGCGGGUAUGAUGGGCAACUACAUGAAGGAGACGUCAUUUGGCGCACCGGAGUACACGGAGCAGAGCCAAAUGCAGCAAUCGAAUGCCAUUAGCUACGGCGCCACCGGGCACGUGGCCAACAAUCCGUUUGCAUUGGCAGCGAGCGCGCCCAUUGCCGAGGAGCCCGCCCAGCCGAGCGAAGGAUACGGCUACACGGACUACACGCAAGGACAGGCGAUGCCCUCGACGAAUCCCUACGAGCAGCAGGCCUACCAACAGCAGCAGUAAGCGAUAACAAAUGGCAGAUCAACUGAUAUACAAUUAGCUUUUAGUUAUAGUCCGUUUAUUGUUUGUUCCUGAUGGGGUUGAUUUGUAUAUAAGAUAUAAAACCGACACACACACACAUAUAAAUAUAUAUCUGAAACUGAAAACGAUAAUGAACUUCAGGCCGAGUCUAACGAAUUUCUAUAUAGAACAGAAGUCUCACACUCACACAUACACACACGUCACACUAACACAAUGAAACUAUGUACCUAACAGAGCAACUACAUAUUGUACGCGUAUACAGGACACAAAGGAUUACGUUAAACUUGGCCCCCCAAGAGCAAAGCACAAAAUCUAUAGCCUACUUUUAAGCGUCGCUUGCGCAGAACUCUAUUUACAAGCUACAGCAGAAUGAGAAACAAAUAUACAUACAUAU